AUGGCUAUGAAGGUGAAUCGUAAGUUGAUCAAGUUUGGGAAGGGUGUGACGAUUUUAUUUGUAGGUGACAAGGAUUGUGGUAAGACGUGUGUUAUCACCCGGUACAUCAAUGACAUGUACUUUGAGGAGAAGAUGGAACAUGAAGAGUCACGAUUGAAAGACUACCAAAUGAAUGGGGAGAAUGUUGAAGUCCGUUUAGUUGAGUUUCGUCAGUGUGAAUACAACGAAGAAGAGACGUUAUCGAUAUUCCGUAAAGCAAAUGCGUUGAUUUGUUGUUUUCCAUCGAAUGAAGGGAUGAAAGCGAUGCAGCAAUGGAUGAAUUAUGUUGACCGAUUUAUUACAUCCGACAAGUUAUGGUUUAUCUGCCAAACAAAAACCGAUCUUGGGUGUAUGGACAUUCCAAUAGAAGACCGAAAAACGUUUACCUUCCAACACACAUUCACAAAAUACUUUGAAGUCUCAUCGAAAACAGGAGAAAACAUUCAAAAUGCUUUGAAUGAAGUCAUCGACAUAACUGUAAAGAAAUUUGUUAAUUUCGAACCAAAGCCGUCACAACCGGAACCUGCUCCUAGAAGAGAAAUUUGCACUGUUGUGUGA